AUGAUUCGUCACACUGCGCAUUUCUUUGUAGGCAAACAAAAACGAAAGUACAUGCAUGAAUGGGGCCCAAUAAUAGCAGACACGGUUUGCUUUUUGAGUUUCACAUGCUGUAACAAGCAAUUGGAAUCGGCUAUGAAAGGAGCAAUGGGAGGGAAGGACUUGCUCUCGGCCGCCGAUGAAAUCCAAAAGAUGGCUGAGACGACUCUGGGAGGCAAAUUCGAGACGGUGGUCGCGUUGGACGAUUUCGCUUACAAAUCUCACUUCAAGGAGUGCGAAGCGGCGAUCAUUUGCUUCAGUGAAACUGGAACUUGA